CCGUCGCGGCCGCCGGCACUGCCUCCUCCUUCGCCGCCGCCGCCAUGAACAGCGUAGGGGAGGCAUGCACUGACAUGAAACGCGAGUACGACCAGUGCUUUAAUCGCUGGUUUGCCGAGAAGUUCCUCAAGAGGGACGGCUCCGGGGACCCUUGCACCGACCUUUUCAAGCGCUACCAGCAGUGCGUUCAGAAAGCAAUAAAGGAGAAGGAGAUUCCUAUUGAAGGACUGGAGUUCAUGGGCCACAGCAAAGUAAGGCCUGAAAGCUCAUCUUGACCUUCACAGUCGUCUUUAAAAGGGACUCCUCAAGUCAGGAAGUUGAAGAUUCUGGAUUUUGUCAAUUAAGGCUAUAAGAUAACCAUCAAUCUGUUGAGGGGUUUAGGAGGGAGUAGUUUUAUUUCCUCUUUGAUGUUUCCUCUCGCUUGUACUUUGCUUUGGGGUGUUUUCUCACUUACUCUGGCAUCUUGCAGGAACUAAGUGUGUUAAAACUGAAUAAUUUCUUGGGAUUAUGGUUGCAAUAUUUGGUCUGUGAUCAACUUUAUACCUUGUAUGUAAAUAAUGAUAAACUAGUCAGGAUGAUCCAGGUUACCUGACCUCUUAAGUUGUGCUAAAAGGAUAUUCAGUACAACAUACUGGGAUCAUGGUACAUGGAAGCAAUUGCUUAGGACUUCUUUUUCCUCUCAGGGAGCUAAUGCAAUGAAAAAGGUGUCAGUGCUUGGGAGUAUAAUUUCAUUUUUUAUAAAGUAACAAUGAUUUAAAAUUGCUGGUGGUCUGUGUUAGCCAAGAAGACAGCUUUCAUCAGUUCCCUGCCUUAACGUGAUGUUGGAUUGACUUGAAAGCUUCAAGAAUGUUGCAGAGAACACCACCUUGCAGAUCACUGUACUUCAGGAAUUAAGUUACUUGGAGUAACUUUGAAGGAAGAUCCUAAGUUGCAAAGAUUUUGUCAGCUUCCAACCCAAGUCAGUGAAUUAAGUCAACUGCAUAUCAUAAAAUGCUGCAUCUGGUUAAAUGAGGGGAAGUUUGCUUUAUUUGCCUCAUUUACCUAAUCCUGCCUUGUAACAUCAAUAAUCAUGAAAAUGGAAUAAAUCAUAUUUAGUUUCUGUCAUGA